GGUGUGUAGAGGGGCUGUGCGUUGUCCAUCGACUUCAUGUACAUGUGGACAUGAGCACCCACACGCAGGCACUCAAUAUUGACAUCUACACAUGCAGGCCGUCCUGAGGCCCUCGUUUGAGCGUGUCCAUACGCACGGGCAUGACGAUGAAAACGACACGCGUCAAGUCUGACCGUACACCACAAGCACGCGCAGCACUACCCACCUCUCCCACUUGUCGCCUCCCUAUUGGCCCUUAGCUACCAGAUCCAGCGUGAAUGUACAAAACCCGAGGAUACUCUCCGCCCACCCUACUACCUCAAUCAUGUCACACUGGAUAGUGAGGCUGUCGAGUGAGUAUGAAGCCAUUACCCGCUCAUAGCACUCACACGCCAACGCACGCACCUCCUUCUCUGCAUGGGCUAUCUGCUCCUCAUCUGACGCCCCCUCCUCGCCUAGCUCAAACUCACUGGGAUCGAGCUGCAGUCUCAGAUGCGCUUUGGAUGGCCGCACGUGGGUCACGACACUCAUCACCGACAAGGCCUGAUCUUUGUUGAGAUCAAUCAGAUCUUCAUCAUCGCCAAACGACAGCGAUGUCACGGCAGGGCGUGCGAGUGGUUGGCAUGCAUGAGGCAACGCACGCACGUGAUGGCCUAAAACGACGCUGACCUCAUCGAUGCGCUCAGUGGGAAGCAGUGGCAGGCACUCAGACAAGACAGAGAGGUCAGAGGUUCUGAACUGGACUGAUCUGACGUGGCGCAGGCUGCCUAGAAGUGUGCUAAGCUUGUUGGGGCCGGCAGGAAAGCGCCAGGCGCCCGCAGGGGGGUGGGCUCGGUAGGACAGAUUCGCCAGGUUGGACUCGAGGCGCUCGACUGCGGGAAAACAGACGUUGUUGCCGUCCUCGUCGACUUCGGUCAGGAAUGGGGGAAUGCUGUCCGACACGAUCUCCGCGCUCUGCACGCUCUGACGGCCCUCCUGCGAACGGCCGAUCCACAGCUGCGUCACGUUGGGAAACUUGAGCACGUCCUUCCACGACUCGUCCAGAGGCGUGCCGCCACAGAAGAGCCACACCUGAGACGAAGGCAGCCAUACAUACGAACCAUGCGAUUUGAUUCUUGUCUGUCAUUCGUUGUCCCACUUACCUCCUCAGCUUGUUUGGCGACUUGGUUGACCACGUCAGCUACAGGGCCACGCACAGCAGGGAAGACAGUCGACGCCUCCUUGCUGCAGUCGACUCUCAUGCACUUGCCGUAGUUCAGCUGCCACUCGACCGUGGCGCCGACUCGUCGGGCCCACGCGAGGAAGUCGGGCAGGGGGCGGGUCAGGUCGCCGAAGUUGUGGUUGAUGGGGCAGUCGUACACGAACUCGAUCGUCUUCUUGACUCCUGAUUGAUGGAUGAUCGAAAGACAGGGCGUCAAUUCAUGCAUCGAGUCAGGUCUCUCCUAUCCCCUUUGUCCGUCAUCUCAUCUCACCUUGCAUCUCCGGUUUGCUCCAGAAGUUCUCCAGAGAUCUCUGCAGCUCAGCUAGAUGACCAUUCCUCAACGCACGCUCGCUGACGCGCACCCCGCGGAUGGUGGUGAGCCGCUUGGACUUGCCCAGGGCAGCGAUGAAGUCGGGGCUGUCGUGAUCGCACACGAUGUUGACGGCGAGUGUCAUGAGCUGAGGGGAGGAGCUCGCGAUGUGGGUGAGGCCCUUGAGAGCCCUACGAGGGACGCGGAGACCUCGGCAGUCUUCCAGGGCAGGGAAGGUGGUCCAUGUGGCUUCACUGCAGAAAACAACAACACACAGAUGAAUGUGUGUGCAUGGUCAGCCUGACUCACCUGAAGUAUAUGAUCCACGUGUCGCAUUCCACGUGCAGGUCGGUGAGUGCCGUGAAGGCCACCGGAGGGGGCGCACACCACGCCGCACGGAAGUUGAAGUUCCCGCCAUCGCCGUUGAUGUAGAGGUGUGUGAGGGAUGUCUUGGCGGCCUCCAGACAUGUCGCUACGAAGGAACGACGGCUCGAGUUGUGGUCCUCGUACGGUCCUGCAGAUGACGGGAUGUGGGCUGUCGUGACGUUGGCCUGAACCAGACAGACAGACAGAUCCACAUACACGCAUGGAUGUCGUGGGCGGAUGUGAGCGGCACGGUGUGGGUCUCGCUCACCAGUUUGCCCCUCAGACGUGUCUCUGUGUCCAGGUCGAGGUUGUUCCACGCCUUGGCCUCCUUCUCAGCGAUGGUCAGGUUGCGGUAGAUGCCGAAGGGCGUGGCCUUGCUGCUGCCGUCUUGGGCGCUGCUCGGGCGUUGGCUGUCCGAGUGGUAGUCGGCUAUGCUAUUGAUGCCCUUGUUGAGGAGACAGAGGACGGUGGCCUCCCUGGUGGUCAGCCACGAGGCCAUGUCACACAGCAGCGGGCCCUCCAGGCCACACAGACACGGCCCACCGACAACCUGACACACACACACGCACGAGUAGCGAGUGUGUAUCUUAAGGGGCUUUAUGUGUGUCGAGGCUGACGUUCGCGUGUUGCUGAUGUUGGUCGUGUCCCUGGUCGUCUUGCUGGGGGCUGCUCGACACAUCAACUGCAAACACAACAGCGAGACAGACAGACGGACGGCGUUGGGUGAAUCGAUGCAUGAGAGUUUGAUGCACACACUUUCUGUGUCAAUCGUCAAUACGUACCACCUCCACCACUAGCACCAGCAGCAGCAAAGGUAGCAUGCUGACCCGGUCGGUCCUCCACACGCGCUCGCUUGCUAUCCGACACACCAGCUACCUGCACACACAAAGAGAGGAUUAGAGGGCAGAUGGUGGUUUGCCUGACUGGCUGUUGUCAACACACACACCGAUAUGGAUGAUCCAUGGGAUGCCUUCUGAAUCCUUUCCACGGUCAGAUCAUCCGCACGACCACUGCAGUCGCCCUGUUGCGCAGGCAGCACACGCACAUGACACACCGCAGUUGCAAUGCAUACCUCUGCCACUCCGCCCUGUGCGUGAGUGGUGUUGUGUAUGUUGCUCAGACAGUCGGCCGCCUCCUUGAGGCAGUCGCCGCCACGGCUCGUGUGGCCCACCGCCACAGACAGGUCGCCGACCGUCAGUGAGGCGUCAUUGCCAGCUACCUGAAGCAACACAAGGAUGGAUACAUGACAUACGGAAGACACCAACACACAUACCACCCGCCCCACUCACUUGUGAUUCAAGUGUAUGGAUGAGCGUCUUGAUGCGAUCUAUCUCAUGUCGAAACUGACGGAGGCCCUCAUCGCGAUCAGCUUCCUGUCCACAAAGACAUACACACACACACGUACACUCACGCCAUCCAGCCAGUGUACGCGGCAUCAGGCGGUUCAUGGUAACGUACCGGACGGGUCGGCCCGUCGUUGCCAUCUUGCUGCAUAGCUGCAGCCUGCGGCUCAAUGACCUCGUCUGCAUGACCACAAACAACACAAUCCGCAUUGAAUGGUCACCCCGGGCCGGUGCUGUUUCAUGUGUGUCUGUGCACCUGUGAGUGAGGCCCUCAGCCGCAGAUGCCUACGUCUGCCCUCAAGUGCUGCACGGGCAGCCAACCAACGCUGAUGAAGACCUCCUGACCGCCUCCUGAGCACACAGCGGCCGCAUAGCCUAGCGCUGCAAGUGACAGAAUUCAUCAUUUCCCAUGAUUUCUGUACCCUCCCCCCUCACCUCUCGCUCAGUCGCCAUCAAAUCACCAUCGCGAGGUUUUGCU